GGAUCGCACUCGAGUGGUUCCGGAAAGAGCCGAUCCUAGCGGGAGCCGGAUAGUCGCAGCCGCCCUGCACAAACAGCCGGAGGAAGCGGCGCCGCCACUGAGAGACUGAACCGAGCGAGGUGUCUGCUCAGCGCCGCUGUCAUGGCCAGGGAUUAUGAUCAUCUCUUUAAGCUGCUCAUCAUCGGAGACAGCGGUGUGGGGAAAAGCAGUCUGCUGCUGCGAUUUGCAGAUAACACCUUUUCUGGCAGCUAUAUUACUACGAUAGGAGUAGAUUUUAAGAUAAGAACUGUGGAAAUCAAUGGAGAGAAAGUAAAAUUGCAGAUCUGGGAUACAGCUGGACAAGAAAGAUUUCGAACCAUCACCUCCACGUACUACCGAGGCACGCACGGGGUUAUAGUAGUAUAUGAUGUGACCAGUGCAGAAUCCUUUGUAAACGUCAAGCGAUGGUUACAUGAAAUAAACCAGAAUUGUGAUGAUGUGUGUCGGAUACUAGUUGGCAACAAGAAUGAUGACCCAGCUCGCAAAGUGGUGGAGACCAACGACGCACAGAAAUUUGCAGAACAGAUGGGCAUUCAGCUUUUUGAAACUAGUGCGAAGGAGAACCUCAACGUUGAAGAGAUGUUCAACUGCAUCACGGAGCUAGUUCUGCGGGCCAAGAAAGAGAACUUAGCCAAACAGCAGCAACAGCAGCAGAAUGAUGUCAUCAAACUAUCCAAAAAUAGUAAAAAGAAGAGAAAGUGUUGCUAACGAGGAACAACAACAAAAAAGACUUCUUUGCAAUGAACAGUCCCUUUCACUUGGACUUGUAUAUCAUGAAGUCAAAAAUGGACAUUUUCUUUCCACACACCAUCCCCCAAUCCCCACUCCCAGGCUGGAAGGAGAACGUACAACAGCAGAUGUGGGAUCUUGCCAGCUCAGUGGUUUUGCUCCCAGAUUUCAGCUUCUGAAUUAUUUUUCACCCUGUAUGAAAGUGACUGCGCCGAUGUAGCUCAGUGCCAAGAUUGGAUUUGUUUGUCUCAUUCCAGUUUGAUUUUGUGUGGAUGUCUCGAAGAUCAAGUGACUUGACUCACCCAUGGGUUUUUAAAACCCUGCACAUGAUGUACACCUUUCAGCUUCUAAUGCCACUUGUUUUCAUCGACGCUUUGCCUGAUACUUUCAGAUGCCAAGAAAUCAUGAAUCACCUUCGUUCUUCUCUUUUUUUUUUAUUUUUAAGAAAGCAGAAUUCUUUGAAUCAAGCUACUGACUAACAUUGACAUAACGCCACUUGCUCCUUCCAUUCCCUUAUUGUACCCUGCAUUUGAUUUCCCUUGACAUUACCUGAUUUAUAGUUUGGGGCUGAUGGUGGAGGGGGAGUUUAAGCUAACCGUUUUGAAGAGAUAAAGGGGCGAGGGCUCACCACUGGACUAGGUGUUUUAUGAAUGGUAUUCAAGAGUCCCUUUUUGCAUUUGAACUUUUUUUUUACCAUCAAUUAAUUAACUAACUACUCUGCUAUUUAUACUGAAAGGGGGUCCAGAAACUUUGGUUGGCAUUUACCUUGUGUGGAAUAGUAACUAGCCUUUUUCUAUAACAGGUGGGGAGAAGUAUAAACUGGGGUUGGGCGGGGGGAAAAUGUUUAAAAUUUAAAAAAAAGCAAGGUGAAUGAACAUGGUUUUUAAAAAGCUUGUUGAUCAUGUAUGUUAACUUGGUUUGUGUUUAAACCUCAGUCCUUCAGCCUGGAAGCAGGUGAUUGAUUUGUGAUGGUGUCUCACUGCAAACAGCACAAAGUCUGAGUCCCACCACGCAAUAACUGCACACGUUACAACAUGGGGGUUAUUGCAUAUUUAAAUGCAUAUAUUUUGUCUCUAGCUUGUCCAAUGGUCUUUCGCCACUGGAACGAGAGUUUAUACCUAGACCACGUGGCUGGAGUCAAAAUUUGUACUGCUAGGUCUGAGGGGCCUUGUGUGGAGAGAUUUCUGGCAGCCCCAAUCCACUUUACAAUGGUCCAGCCCUACUACUUCAUUAGUUUUGCAGCUCUAGCCUGCGAAGCCACCAAUUGGCUGGGAAAUAGUUAAAAUGGCCAACUUGAAAUGUGGAUUGCUGUGCUAAGACUGGAGCAGAAUUGAGGGAGCUUUGCUCUGCCCUUGCUGUUACCGGAGUUUGGAACGCUAGAGGGAAAAAUAUGGAGAGCUGUACUUUGUAUCCAACCUGAUCUGUUUAAUGUUGACACAGUCACUGAAAGGAAAGUCAUUUUUCCCCAGCACCAAUAUUUAAUAGCUUUGAACACGGCACCCCACAAAAUAUAUACUGACCCAUUAUCACCUGAUCUGCGUGGAAAAUCAGCCAAUCCUGCUGGGGAGGUGGAUGAACACUGGAUUUGAGUUCACAGUGCAAUCUGAAUGGGUGGAAUCUACAACACAAAACUGCCCAAAAUUGACUGCUAAUUAUUAUUAAAUGAAAAGAUUUGUGUCAUGUGGUUUGCCAGUGUGGGGAAUGGAAAGGGCUAACUUGGAGGGAGGUUGAAGCCUCAUUGGUCGCUGCACUGGGAGUUCUACCUUGGUUCAAAACUGUGUACCUAACCAGGCAAGUACUUGAUUGGGAAUAGUGGAUGCCAAUAUUUUUUAACAGGCUGUUGAAUAAAAGCAACUUAAAUAACUAUUAUUUUAAAAAAAUUACCGUUUACUGACAGUUUUAAAGAAAAUGUACUCUUUGUCUACACGGUGGACAUCAAAAGAGAAGACCUACUUUGCAAGGUGUUAUUGUGGAAUCCCUUCUGUUCAAAGAUGUAUCUUAAUAUCUGAAAUCUUGUGGCAUUUGGUUAUGCAACUGUUCGUAAUGACAAUUAUGUAUUAAAACACAGAAAUUGUUGCAAAA